UUAUGGGUUUUAGACCCGUGAGUGAUGAAGUGGGAACAGUGCUCUGGGAACAUUUAUGUGGUUCUGGAAUCUGAGACGGACUGGACUGGAAAGACCAGGGCUGGAGUGACCCAUGUGGAGGUUGCUGUCAGACGCUGACAAGUACUUAAAAGGUUUAAAAAUAUUUAAAUAUCCUUCUUGGAUUGUUAUUUUAAUGUCUAGAAUGGAUACUCUUCCAAUUCUCCUCUUGUCUCUGUGGCUGACCCCUACUUCUGCCAAAGUCACCUCUGUGAAGCCUUCCUCAGCCCCUCUCUCUGGCUGGGUCAUGAUAGUCCCUCUCUCUUCCCGUACCCCUCAGGCUCCCUUUCAUCCACAACCUUGUUGACAUAAAACUGGCAACAGGGGCUAUGGGAGGGGCAAGUGGUUUCUGGGUCCCUGGCCCUGAAGGAAAAGGACUUCAGGCCAAGAUCUCUGAUGAAAGCUCAACUCUGCAUCCUCUAGUUCCCCCUCCCUGCAUAAUUCAGAGCUGCUGGUCUUUACACAGUGCCCAGAGAGCCCUGCUUGAAACCCCUUCCUCUAGGAGGUUGAGCAGCCAAACAAAGAUGACUGCGAGGCGGCGUUCCCAGAGAACCAAGUCUAUUGGCAAAUUGGCCCACGUUCAAGCCAGUGGACACCUGGAGGAACAGACACCCCGGACUCUGCUGAAGAACAUCCUGCUAACUGCCCCAGAAUCUUCCAUCGUGAUGCCAGAGUCAGUGGUGAAGCCAGUGCCAGCACCACAGGUGGUCCAGCCCCCCAGACGGGAAAGCAGUCGGGGCAGCCUGGAGCUGCAACUUCCUGAGCUCGAACCCCCAACAACUCUGGCUCCAGGACUGCUGGCUCCUGGCAAGAGGAAGCAGAGGCUGAGAUUGUCAGUGUUUCAGCAAGGAAUGGACCAGGAGCUGCCUCUCUCCCAAGAGCCUCAUGGGAAUGCUGAUGCCUCCUCCCUCACCAGUUCCCUCAACCUGACCUUUGCCACACCUCUCCAGCCACAGUCAGUGCAGAGGCCUGGUUUGGCCCGCAGACCUCCCACCCACCGAGCUGUAGAUGUGGGUGCAUUUUUGCAGGAUCUGCGAGAUACUUCCCUGGCUUUGGCUCCUCCAGAUACUGUGUUGGAGGACACCCAGCCCUUCUCCCAACCCUUGGUUGGCCAGUCCCCCAGUGUGCACCACUCCCUGCCCUGCCCUUCUCACUCUGGGGCUGAAGAUGCUGAGAGAGCUGUCAGUCACAGGACACGGAGCAGUGGGCCUAGGCUGCAGAACAACAGUCCUGGGAAACCAGCCCAACUUCUGGCCGGAAGAGCAGAGGAGGUUGAUGCCCUUGCUAUGAGUUUCUCACACAGCAGCAGUAGUAUCUUUGGAGAAGUUGCAGUAGAGCCCUUACAGGAUGGAGUUGGUGAGGAGGCAGAGGAAAGAAUGGAAGAAAGCUUGAGCAUGAGCAAAGUGAAGGAGGCAGCAAGAGCACAAGGAUCUGCCAGAGCAGAAGAGCCUGAGGGACACACACAGGUGACAGAAGCAGAGGGAUCCCAGGGGGCUAUUGAGACCAAGGAGCCUGAAGGAUCUUCAGGGGAUGUGGACACCUCUGGUAGGACAGUAAGUCCAGAGUUGGCUGCCAGCACCCCGGAGUUUCUUCAGGCCAAGCAACUACAGUGUCUUGAGCCAGCCCCACCGCCUAGCACUGCAGUCUUACCUCUGGAGCCUCUGUCGGCCAGGCUUCCUCCCAGGGCCCGAACCCCUGGCCCCAAGCCCCGUCAAGAUCCCUACAAGACUAGACUGAGCCACUAUGCAAAACUCUUUAGCUUCUAUGCUAAGAUGCCCAUGGAGAGGAAGGCUCUUGAGAUGGUGGAGAAGUGCCUGGACAAGUAUUUCCAGCAUCUUUGUGAUGACCUGGAGGUAUUUGCUGCUCAUGCUGGCCGCAAAACUGUAAGGCCAGAGGACCUGGAGCUGCUGAUGCGACGGCAGGGCCUGGUCACCGACCAACUCUCCCUGCACGUGCUUGUGGAGCGGCACCUGCCCCUGGAGUACCGGCAGCUGCUCAUCCCUUGUGCAUUCAGUGGCAACUCUGUCUUCCCUGCCCAGUAGUGGCCAGGCCUUGAUGCCUGCCCUGUCCCUACUUGGGGCCACUUGGUUCCACAUACUCUUCCAGGUCUCCUCCCCGCCCUCUAGCAUCAAUAAAGUUUCACAAA